AUGGACCGGAUGACGGAGGACGCCCUGCGCCUGAACCUGCUGAAGCGGAGCCUGGACCAAGCGGAGGAGCGCGACGACGUGCUGGCGAAGCGCUUGAAGAUGGAGGGCCACGAGGCCAUGGAGCGCCUCAAGAUGCUGGCGCUGCUCAAGCGCAAGGACCUCGCGGGCCUCGAGGUGCCCCACGAGCUCCCGGGGAAGCAGGACGGAGUCAAAGUCUACGAGGAGAAGCUCAACGGGAGCCUCAGGCCCCACGGGGAGGGCAGGACUGGAGGGAGGCCGGGCAAGGAGAACAUUAACGACGAGCCCGUGGACAUGAGCGCGAGGAGGAGCGACCAGGACCGGGGGCGCCUGACCCCGUCGCCGGAUAUCAUCGUGCUCUCGGAUAACGAGGCGUCCAGCCCCCGCGCCAGCUCGCGCAUGGAGGAGAGGCUGAAGGCCGCCAAUCUGGAGAUGUUCAAGGGUAAGAGCAUCGAGGAGCGGCAGCAGCUCAUCAAGCAGCUGCGCGACGAGCUGCGGCUGGAGGAGGCCCGGCUCGUGCUGCUGAAGAAGCUGAGGCAGAGCCAGCUGCAGAAGGAGAACGUGGUGCAGAAGACUCCCGUUGUCCAGAACGCGGCCUCCAUUGUGCAGCCGUCUCCUGCCCACGUGGGCCAGCAGGGCCUGGCCAAGCUGCCCUCCCGGCCCGGAGCUCAGGGAGUCGAGCCUCAGAACUUGAGGACAUUACAGGGUCACAGCGUCAUUCGGUCGGCCACGAACACGACCCUGCCCCACAUGCUGAUGUCGCAGCGGGUGAUUGCGCCGAACCCGGCGCAGCUCCAAGGGCAGCGCGUGCCCCCCAAGCCCGGCCUCGUCCGCACUACGACUCCGAGCAUGAAUCCAGCCAUCAACUACCAGCCGCAGUCCAGCUCUUCAGUUCCUUGCCAGCGCACGUCCUCGUCAGCCAUCUAUAUGAACCUCGCRUCCCACAUGCAGCCCGGCGCCGUGGCCCGGGUGUCGUCGCCGCUCCCCAGCCCCAGCGCCCUCAACGACGCCGCCAACUCGCAGGCGGCCGCCAAGCUGGCCCUGCGCAAGCAGCUGGAGAAGACGCUGCUGGAGAUCCCGCCACCCAAGCCGCCCGCGCCGCUGCUCCACUUCCUGCCCAGCGCGGCCAACAGCGAGUUCAUCUACAUGGUGGGGCUGGAGGAGGUGGUGCAGAGCGUUAUCGACAGCCAAGGGAAGAGCUGCGCGGCGCUGCUGCGCGUGGAGCCCUUCGUGUGCGCCCAGUGCCGCACCGACUUCACCCCGCACUGGAAGCAGGAGAAGAACGGCAAGAUCCUGUGCGAGCAGUGCAUGACUUCCAACCAGAAGAAGGCGCUCAAGGCCGAGCACACCAACCGGCUCAAGAACGCCUUCGUGAAGGCCCUGCAGCAGGAGCAGGAGAUCGAGCAGCGGCUACAGCAGCAGGCAGCGCUGUCGCCCCCGGCCGCCCCCGCCGUCGCCAGCGUCAGCAAACAGGACGGCAUCAUGCGGCACCACUCGCUGCGGCAGGCGCCGCAGCCGCAGGGCGCCCUGCAGCGCGGCCUGCCCACCUCGGCGCGCUCCAUGCUCUCCAACUUCGCGCAGGCGCCGCAGCUCUCCGUGGCGGGCGGGCUCCUCGGCAUGCCAGGUGUCAACAUCGCCUACCUGAACGCGGGCCUGGGCGGCCACAAGGCGUCGAGCCUGGCGGACCGGCAGCGGGAAUACCUGCUGGAUAUGAUCCCGCCGCGCUCCAUAGCGCAGUCCAUCAGCGGGCAGAAAUAGCGCCCGCCGCGCCGCCCGCCUCCGUCGCAUGCAGU